AUGGAUUUGAAUUUAAACUUAAAAACACUUUUUACAAUAUUCGCUUUACUUUUUUGCCAAAGUCAAUCACAAGUAGCUACAGUGAACUUAGACAAAGUCAUGAGCUUAGGCUGAAAAUUUGAUGGAGAAGACAUAAUUUUUUAUUUCAACGUAACUUUUAUAUAGUGUGAAAUUAAAAAGCUAGGCUGAUGUGGCAUUGGCUUUGGAGCAACUAUGGAUCACACAGAUAUGAUUAUACUCCAAAGUGAUGGAAGCAGUAUCACUGCAAAAGACACCCACUCUUACACUCUUAAUUAGAGAUUAUCAGCUGCUAGGCUGUUACUUGUUAACGCAGCCACCCAGACCCCCUCGAGGGUUCCUCCGCUUUGCGACUUCCGCCUACAGGACUCUGAUUUUACAGCUAGCCUGUUCUGUUGGUCGUCUCCUCCUUGCAAGCUACAACCUUGCUUCAGUCUUGAGUGGGCAGAUUUAGGAAUUCUGCGGCCUUGCUUGAGGCUGCGAGCACGAGGUUGCCCAUUCCGAAAAUUUGAAAACAAAUUUUCUGGUAAGGCUGUCGGCCAGAAAGGAAAAUCCAAGCCAGGGACGCAACGCCCAGUAUCGCGCUAGGGAGUUGCCCGAUUGAUCAGAAGAAAGACUUCUGAUGCUGCUGAGCUUCCCCUUUCCAACUUUGGAAGACCCUUCCUCCUCGAGGUAAAACCCUUGGUGACAGAAUGAGCUGCGGUCGACCAAAUUCGACAUUGCGCUCCACUUUGCCAAGGUAAAACCCGGCCGGAUACACAUUCCGAGCGCCUUUCUCCCCUUCCACAAGGUCCCCGGAAUAUCCGGCUACAGGUGUUGAGGAAAAGGGCUGGCUCUCCAGUCGCCAUUUUUAUGUAUCCCCACUCUUACACUCAAGAGCAACCAAUUAUUGAUACAUCUCUAGGAGGAAAUAACUUAUUUUAUGGGUUAUUUAGAUUUUAUAUGUGUUUCUCCCUUCAGCAGGAUGAGAUGCCCACCAUUUUAACUCCCAAGUGUGACGUCAGCAGUCAUCUUGUCUAGCAAGCAUUUCAGAAGACGACCAAAAGACCAGAAGGUCUUUACGAUCCGUGUUGGCCUCGCCCGAACCUGACUCAAGUGCGUAUACCUCAUAAGGGUCACCUCCUCGGUUGUGUUAGGCAUUAAAUCCAUAUGUCUCCUUUUCUUCCUGAGCCACCGAACUACCCUAUGAUGUAUUUUCAUAUUCGGAUUGUGAAUCAAGGUCCAUGUGGAAAACUGAACCAAUAUUAUGGAGGAAGGUUGUCGGAAAAACCACUUAUGCACGUUGCCAUUUUAUUAUUGUUUUAGGAGGAAAAUAACAAUAUAAAACUUGAAUCUUCUUCAGUUAUUAAUGGACUAUUAACCGCUGCAAUAAGAAGACCUUUAAAUACCAAAGAUACCUUAGACAAUAUCCUAUAUAGAAACAUAGAAACCGAUUUUUGCUUUGCUUAUGAUGACCGAGCAGGAUUUAAAUAUCACAGACAAAACUACGGAUCAGGAAAAAUAAAAUUUGGGACUACACAAGAAGAAUCCUAUUUUAUUAAAGAUGGGAGAUACAGCGCUGAGCCUUAUGAUCAUCAUUCCAAAGCUAUGAGUGUGCUGUGAAUCGGCUUUGUAAAUUUAGGAGCAAUGAUAGCAAGGUAUUUAAAAUGGUGGAAGUUUUGGUUUUAUUUGCACCUUGUGCUGAAUUCGAUAGUUAUUGGGAUCACAAUGUUUUCUGUGUAUAAGAUUUAUGAAGAAAACUCUAAAAAAGAGUAUUCGUCGAAUUACUGACAAAGAUUGCACUCAAUUAUUGGGCUUGCUAUUGCAAGCUUAUUGGUAUGACAAGGAGUUCUUGGUUUUAUAAGCAGAAUUUUUAUUUCUGCGAAGAAGUCAGCUAUAUCUAUCUCUUUAAUUAGACAAAUUCAUCAUAUUAUUGGCUGGGCUAUGAUAUUACUGUCAGCUUAUAAUGUGAUUUCAGGAUGAAAUUUGUAUAAUGAUAACAAUUUGUUUAUAAUGAUUUUUCUUUAUUUUGUGGUGCUUAUCCUUUAUGUAUUUCUUGAAUUCAGAAUCCAAAUUUUAAAUUUUUUCAAGAUUAUAGAAGUAUCUUCAUCUCCAAAGAAUAAGAAAAAAGAAGAAGCAAUUUUCAUCAAUAAUAACAAAUUAAAUUACAAUCAAAUCUAUAAAAUCAUAGUGAACGAGAACAAAGAAUGGUCUUUUUAUAACCAAUAUUUGUUAGAUGUAUCGAAAUAUAUAAAAAAUCACCCGGGUGGCUCAAAUUUGAUAAAGAGUGCGGUUAUAAUUAAAUUUGACGUCACAGCGCUUCGAGGUCGGCUACUCCGGCUUCCUUUGAGCUCAUUUUAAUUUAUCUGAAAGAUUUUGCCAUCCCAAAAAUACUAGGUAAGCAAUUCUUGUCAUAUCAGAGCCUAGCUCAAGGUUACUUUCAAGAUAGAUUUUACCUCAAGAGGAAAGGUAGCAGCACAGAAAUUGGAAAGGGUCGCCCAACAAUUUAUACAGGCAAUGCCUAUUAUCUAUAGGCAUAACAAAUUAAUCUGGUGCUUCACCAGCGUGAAACCAGAAGCCAUGCCCUGGACUAAGUGUUUUCCCUUUUUUCCAAGAGUCGACCAGAAAUUCCCUUUUUUGGGAUGUUUGUGUGGGCAACCCUUGCUCCCUAACUCAACAGCCUGUGCAAGGCCGCACAAGUCCGAAGACUUCCACCAAGCUUGAGCCGAAAUGCAUUGUCGCAAAGUGGUUGAAUCUUCCGUAUCAGAGACCCUCCAUGAUUGCAUAAAAAUUAGGGCGAGAGCAUGUCUGUUAAUAAGUAAGUAAUCAAGAUAAAGAGUACGAUUGGGCAAGAUAUUGGGAAAUAUAUUCAUGGUUGCAGCAGUAUUGGCGAAGAGUAUAACUCAUUCACCCAUCCUAAAUACGUUUAUUCUCAAAUUAACUCUUUGAUUAUUUGUGACUUAGGAAUUGAGGAGAGGGUAUUUAAGCCUUUAAAUAGCAAUCAACCUGCUGAAAAUAUAGUUUGGACUGUAAAGAGUCGGCAUUUAAUUGGAGAAAAUAUUUAUAAACUCAUUCUUGAAAACAGCAAUUGAGAAGUUAUAAUCCCUGAAGGGUUAAGCUGAAUGGGGAAAUCAUAUUUAGUUUAUGGAGAAUAUAAUGGAAAACCGAUAAGCAGAUAUUAUUCGCAUUUAUCCUGUGAUUUGCAGGCUUGGAAACAAGAAAUAAUCCAAAAUCAAUACUCAUGUAGUAGACUUGAUAAAAGGAACAGAAAUUCAAGACAAAUUUCAUUAUAUUUUAAGCAUUAUCCGAAAGGAAAAAUGACGAGUUACCUCAAGAAUUUAAUCAAUGGCGAUAACUUAAAAAUUGUAGGCCCAAUGGGUCCUGGACUAAUGCUUGAUAAAUCUGCCACUGGCUCUUAUCUGGCAUUUGCUGGAGGCACUGGGCUCCUGCCAUUUAUGGACCUUAUCUUUUCGAUAUGGAGAAAUAAACUUGAAGACUUUACUCUGUAUCUUUAUGUUUCUUUUUCUAAUGAAAAAGAAGCAAUUGCAUUAGAUAUUUUAAAAGUAAUGCAGACUAAAUACCCCAGUAGCUUCAAACUUAUUAUUAGCAUUUCCAAAUCACACUUAAUGACUCCUGAAAUGCUAGAAAGAUGGACAGAUCUAUACAAAAUUCAACAAACAUGGAUUUGUGGACCGUCUGGAUUUAAUGAGUGGGCAUAUAAGAUGCUUACUCUCUCCCCCUCUGUCAGCAAAUAAAACCUUUGGAAAAUACAUAUGAACAAAAAUUUUUUAAUAAAAAUUAUUUUGAUAUACGAAAUAUCUAGUAAUUUAAAAUAAAUUUUACAUCAAUAUUUGCUUUACAAAUAUUGAUUUUUCUAAAUUUCGAAAAACAAAUUUACUCUAAAAUUUCUUAUAAAUUUUUAAAAAAAAUUUAUCCCUCCAUGAGCGAACAAAAAUUUUUUGUUCACUCACGGAGGGGGGAGUUAGAAAUCGCUGUUAUCCUCAUAAAAAAAUAUACUAUUUUAUAUAUGCCUAGCUUCAAUGAUUAAAUUCAAAGAAUUUUACCCUUUUCUUCAAUUAUAAUAGAUAUGAAUCAAUGUAAAUCUAUAUAAAUUCUGAUUUUGUAAUUAUAACUCUCAUUAUUGCCUAGAUAUCCCAAGAGCCUUUAAUAAUUCUUUAA